UGAUGCGGACGAGCUCUUAUUCCUCCACUUUCCUCCUGUGUGCUCCGUGGAUCGUUGCUGCAGCUGACCCUGGAAUUAUCUGGCAUUUGUCAAUUUGAACAGGAUGAAAACCAGGUUUCACUUCUUAUCUGGUCCCUGUGCUUUCUUUCUGUGUCUUCUGUCAGGAGGCACAUGUUCAGAGGCAGAGCAUAAGCUCUUCUCUGGGAUAUUUUCCAACUACAACCAGUAUAUACGGCCAGUGGAAAAUGUGUCUGAUCCAGUCAUUGUGCAGUUUGAGGUGUCCAUGUCACAGCUGGUCAAAGUGGAUGAAGUCAAUCAGAUCAUGGAGACCAAUCUGUGGCUGAGACAUAUCUGGAAUGACUAUAAACUUAAAUGGAACCCAAAAGAUUUCGGAGGCGUUGAGUUUAUCCGAGUGCCGUCCAACAGGAUUUGGAAGCCAGACAUUGUGCUGUACAACAACGCAGUUGGAGAUUUCCAGGUUGAUGACAAAACAAAGGCCCUGCUUCGCUACAAUGGCGAUGUCACCUGGAUCCCUCCAGCUAUCUUCAAGAGCUCCUGCAAGAUUGAUGUCACAUAUUUCCCAUUUGAUUACCAAAACUGCACAAUGAAAUUUGGUUCAUGGACUUAUGACAAAGCCAAGAUCGACUUGGUGCUGAUUGGCUCAACUAUUAACCUCAAGGACUUCUGGGAGACAGGCGAGUGGAUGAUCAUUGAUGCACCUGGUUACAAACAUGAUAUUAAGUACAACUGCUGCGAGGAGAUCUACACUGAUAUCACAUACUCUUUGUACAUCCGUCGUCUCCCUCUUUUCUAUACAAUCAAUAUGAUCAUCCCAUGCCUCCUCAUCUCCUUCCUCACAGUGCUCGUCUUCUACUUGCCCUCUGACUGUGGUGAGAAAGUAACACUGUGCAUCUCUGUCCUGCUGUCUUUGACCGUCUUCCUCCUCGUCAUCACAGAGACCAUCCCUUCCACCUCGCUAGUGAUACCCUUGAUUGGCGAGUACCUCCUCUUCACCAUGAUUUUUGUCACUCUCUCUAUUGUCAUUACUGUUUUUGUGUUGAACGUCCACUACCGCACCCCGAAGACACAUACAAUGCCCUGCUGGGUAAAGCGUGUGUUUCUUGAACUGCUGCCCAGGGUGAUGUUCAUGACCAGGCCAGAGAGAGAUCCUGAGAAGGUGACUGUGGCUGGCAGUGUUCAGACGAUGCAUUCGAAAUCCUGUGCCAUUCAUUCAUUAGGUACUCUACAAAAGCAGCACAAACCUCAGGCCCUUGCCAACAGCGUGGUGUCAAGUUUAACAAACCGGCAAAGACUUUUUAAUAACACAGAGCUUUCCAAUCUCAAUAACUUGGGUGGAGAUUCAAUCAAAUGUCCUAGCUCUGGGUUCUUGUGCUGUGAGGGCCGCUGCAACUGCUGCUGGCAGAAGAGAACCGGCAAGUUGCCUGCAGAUUCUGGAGGAGGGAGUGGAGGACUGAGCAGCCUAGGAGCAUUGAGUGGAGGCAGUGCUGUGGGUGUUGGAGUGGGGAGUCAAUGCUCCAGCUCAGAGUCUUUGGAUGGAGGAAUAAUGCCUCUUCUGUCUCUUUCUCCUGAGGUCAGGGAAGCUAUUGAGAGUGUCAAAUACAUAGCAGAAAAUAUGAGACUACAGAAUGAAGCAAAGGAGGUUCAAGAUGACUGGAAAUACGUUGCCAUGGUUAUCGACAGGAUCUUCCUAUGGGUUUUUGUUCUCGUGUGCAUCCUAGGAACAGCUGGCCUUUUCCUCCAGCCUCUAUUACUUGGGGAAGAUAUUUGA